CCUUUCACAGUAGGAAUAGGACAAGUGCUGAGAAGAUGAGUGUCAAGGUGGAAACACACUUUGCCGAAUGUGUCUUAAAUGUAGGAAAAGUCAUCCUUGGGAAUAAGCAAAGGAACGAAAUGAAGCCUCAAUUGCAGAAGAAACAGAAUAAAAUCAUCAUGAAUGCAAUAUGUGCUCUACUGAAUUCUGGUGGCGGAGUGGUCAAGGCUGAGAUUGAGAACAAAGACUACAAUUAUGAAAUCCAUGGAGUAGGACUGAAAAUGCCUUCAAUUUUUAAAGGCUAUUUAGAUGAGAUGCAGCAGGGAGACCUCUUUUUUAUUUUUGUGAAGUCAUGGAACGCCGAGGCCUCUGGUGUACGGCUGGCAACCUUGUCCUCCAAUUUGUACCACAGAUACAGAGCAUCGACUGAUGUCAUGAAUUCUCAGGAAGCACUGACGUUCCUCAAAGGGAGAUCUCAGACUCCUGUGAAUACUAAUGAUUCCAAUUCGUUAAGUCCCCAGAAAGUUCGGGUUGGUGUACAAAAUGAUGGUAACAUAAGGGCCUCAGCUGCUGCUUUAUUUGCUAGAACUCACCUUCAGUUCCUAGAAAAGCUCAACUUUACUAAGUCCCUCCACGUUGAAUUUAAAAUGUUCUCAGCAGAGGUGUCCCAGUGCUUUAAUGAGAGUCUCCCCAGUUGUGUGUCUGCAUUUGCAAACACCGAAGGAGGGUAUAUAUUUUUUGGUGUGCAUGAUGAGACCAAUCAAGUCGUUGGAUGUGAAAAGGAGAAAAUAGAUCUUGUCACCUUGUGUCGCUCUAUUGAUUACUGUAUUAGGAAACUACCUGUCCAUCAUUUCUGUACACAGAGGCAUGAGAUAAAAUAUGCUGUCAAAUUCCUUGAAGUGCACAAUAAGGGGGCCCUCCAUGGAUAUGUCUGUGCAGUCAAGGUGGAACGAUUUUGCUGUGCAGUGUUUGCCAAAGUGCCAAGUUCCUGGCAGGUGAAGGACAAUCGUGUGAAACAGCUGGUUACAAAGGAAUGGAUAGCUUGGAUGAUGGAGGCUGAUCCAGAUCUUUCCAGAUUUUCUGAGAUGGUCCUUGCACUGAGUUUGUCAUCCACCACACCACGUAGCAGGACUGUGUGCACUCAUAAGAAUUUGGAAUGUCUGAAAGAACAGCAAAAACGUUACUUUCCAGUAUUAUCAGACAGAGUGGUGUAUACUCCAGAAAACCUCUACAAGGAACUGUUCUCAAAACAUAAAGGACUCAGAGACUUAAUAAAUAAGGAAAUACGCCCUUUCUCUCAAGGAAUACUGAUUUUUUCUCGAAGCUGGGCUGUGGACUUGGGUCUGUCAGAGAAGCAGGGAGUAAUCUGUGAUGCUCUUCUGCUUUCCCAGAACAACAUCCCACUCCUCUACACCAUCCUCAGUGAGUGUGAUGCAAGCUGGAAGAGCUAUUCUAUGACAGUCGCCCGUACCUUAAAGCAGAAGCUGGUGAACACAGGUGGCUACACUGGGAAAUUGUGCAUCACUCCCUUGGUCUUCCUGCUGAAUCCUGAUAGAACAGCAGAGACUCUUCAUUGUUCAGAUUUGCAAAUUUACCCCGAGUCCUAUAACCUUACAACCACCCAGGACAUAGAAGCUCUGUUACAGUCCCUUGUGAUAGUCUUGCUUGGGUUCCGAUCUUUCUUAAGUGAAGAACUGGGCUCUGAGGUUUUGAACAUACUCACAGAUAAACAGUAUGAGUUGCUGUCAAAGAACAUUCGUAUGACCAGAGAACUGUUUGUUCAUGGCUUACCUGGAUCAGGGAAGACCAUCCUGGCUCUUAGGAUAAUGGAGAAGAUCAGGAAUGUGUUUCACUGUCAACCAAGUGACAUUCUUUACAUCUGUGAAAAUCAGCCCCUGAGGAAGUUUGUGAGCAAGAAAAACAUCUGCCAGGCAGUGACCCGGAAAACCUUCAUGAAAAAUGACUUUCAAAAGAUUCAGCACAUCAUCAUUGAUGAAGCUCAGAAUUUCCGCACUGAAGAUGGAGACUGGUAUGAGAAGGCAAAAAACAUCACUCAGAGAGAAAAUGAUGGCCCAGGAAUUCUCUGGAUCUUCCUGGACUACUUUCAGACCAGCCACUUGAGCCACAAUGGCCUCCCUGCUCUCGAAGCCCAGUAUCCAAGAGAAGAGCUCACCAGAGUGGUCCGCAAUGCAGAUCCAAUAGCCAACUACCUACAAGAAGUAAUGCAGGAGGUCAAAGAAAAUCCUCCACCUAACAUCCCCUUGGGGUCCCUGGAGAUGGUUCAUAAAGCUAAAUGGGCUCAGGGUAUUCCAGGCAACUUUGAGAUUAUGGAGUACUUGGACUUGGAAGAGAUGGUUGUCCAAGUAGCAGAGAAAUGUCAGUUUCUCUUUAGGAAUGGUUAUUCUCCCAAGGACAUUGCUGUGCUUUUCAGCAAAGCAAGUGAAGUGGAAAAAUAUAAAGAUAAGCUCCUAAGAGCAAUGAGGAAAAGAAAAAUAUCUCAGCUCAAUGAGGAAUCUGACCUGUUAGUACAGAUCAAGGAUGCAUCAGAUAUCAUGGCCAAUCACAUUGUGUUGGAUAGUGUCCGACGAUUUUCAGGCCUGGAAAGAAAUAUCGUGUUUGGGUUCAACCCAACAGUGGCUGAGCCAGCUGUUUUCCACAAUCUUCUGCUCUGUCUGGCUUCCAGGGCGAAGAAACAUCUCUAUAUUCUGAAGGUUUCCAUUUGACAGGAAGAUCCCAGUCUAAGAAACAAUUAGGAAGCUCUCAUCUCUAGUUAACCAUGAAACCAUGUGACCUAAACAUUUAAUCAUCAAAUAUUUAAUGAGCACUCACUCUGAGGUAUAUAUUCUUCUCGGUGCUGGGGGCGGGGGAUGAGUUAGUGAUAGGGUAGCGAAUAAGAUAGACAAGAUUCCUUCUUUGGGGCAGAGGUAAAUCAUAGACAAGUACACAAAUACAAGUACAAGAAUUUCAGAUAGUUACAUCAGAGUAGUAAUUGGAGGUGCCUGAGAUGCAGAGAGUAUGUGUGUGUGUGUGUUUACACAUACAUAGGUAAGUAGAUAGAGGGGGAAACUGGUUAUUCAGCAUGCUUGGGGAAGUGCUUAGUGAGGGAAGACAUCAUGAGAAGAUCUUUGAGCCAUGUGUGCCAGGUGGACUCAGAUAUUUUCAUUAUUUUUUUUUACAUUUUCACUAUUUUUAAUACAGCAGUGCACAGAAAUGCUUGAGUAAGAUGCACUGGGAGGGUAUGAAGGGCAGAGAGGGGUCAUGUGUCUGCCCUUUUAUGGGCCAGAAAUGGUUGUACAAUAUUUCAAAAUGUAAGAUCAGAAGGUACAAACUGUUAAUUUCUUAUAAACCAUAUUACAUGAUUCUUUUCCAUUUUAUUCUUUUAAUGGUGUUAGUAAUUUUGAUCACUGUCUUUUAAAAUAUGUUAUGCAUGUCUUUUGGUUAUUUAGAAUCUCACCUCUUUAGGUCUGCUUUAGUAUUAGUCCUAUGGAGAAUCUUAGGUCACUGCAUGAAGGUAAGAUUCCCACAAUUCCCCAGGGAGACACAUUGUGUUUUAUUUAUUAAUUUUUUUUUAAAGGGUCCCUAAGAAGAUGAAUGUACUGGACUCAAAAGUUACAUUUUGCUUUUCAUUUAACUUAAUAACCAAUGAAAUAAAGUAAUUCCAACA